AUGAAGACCAGGCAACCGCAGGGUUUCUGCGCUGACGGCAUCGACGAUGAAGGUGCAAAUCGCUUUUCCGCUAUAGGCGAUAUAUCCGACUUCGAGUCUCGUUUCAAGGGCACCGGCAUGAUUCUCGAGGAUGUCGGUGAUGUUGUUGUCGUCGGAUUUAUUGUGACCAAAGAACGAUAUGACUGGCAUCCUUGA